AUGUCUGUAAUAGGAAUACAAGAUAAGAUACUAAUUGGAACAAUCAACUUAAUUAACUUCAUUUCUUUAAACAAGUUUUACAAAAAACAUGAGCGGGAAGAUUUGAUUGUUGCUCUUGGAGCACUCAAAUCGUUGGAAGAAUCAAAGUUCAUUGUGAAAAAAUCGACCGUGAAUAAGAAUCAUCGAUUCUUGUGUUACAUUCUAGUUGUUCUUAAUACAAUUUCAAUCUCUCGUUGGUUAAUUCUUGGUGUAACAAACAGUCAAUAUUUACAAUUAGUUCUUGGUGAUUAUUUCUCUAGAUUUAGUGAACGAGAGCUGCUUAACUGUAUUUGCUUCAUUCCAACUAAAAUAGUGAUUUUCAUUAACAUUUACAAUAUUAUUCUCAACAAUUUCACCGAUGGACCAUUUACCGAAAUACUCGCCGAAUACGUCCAAGGGAUUAAAAGUUCGAAAAAAGUUUUCCCUCUGGAAGUAAAGUUUGAAAAUCUUUUCAGAACUUGGUUUAUAUUUGGAAUAACGAAAAUUGGACUUUUCUCUUACGGUUUCACUGGUUUUCUCGCUAUAACUCACUUUGCAAUCGCUUAUUCAGCCUCUUUUGAUUCAGAGAUUCUUUUGAUUCAAUUUAUGUACAUUUUCGUCAUUUUCUAUCUAUUACAGUUCAGCAUUAUAAGUUCUACGUGGGUCUUUACUCACUUUCUACUUACCGUUCUAUUCGCUUAUUGUCAAUCAUCUUCAUUCUCUAUUCGUUCUCAUAUUAGAUCAAAUUCUUUCAAAAAUCAGUAUCAUUUUCUUCACGAGUUACAAAAGUUCAACAAUUGGCUCGAUUCAUUUAAUAAACAAAUUCGCUUACCGACUUUUAUCUUUUUUUCUUACACAAGUUUAGUUGUUAUCGUUAUUAUCUAUUAUGGUUCUCAGCAUCAAUUCUCAAAUGUUUGGAUAAGCCUUUUGCUCAAAGGAACUAGUGUUCUAACUUUUGCUGUCAUUUCAUAUUUCAAUUAUUUUCUUUCCUUCGUAUCACAAAGUGGACGAGAAUUGCAUUUGACGAUUUAUAACAUUUCGACUACUUACUGUCAAGAAACUCGAUUGAUGCUAAAGAGACUUGAAAUUCUGGACCGAUUAUCGUAUCGAAACAUUGGUUUGUACAUAAACAAUAGUAUCUUAAUUUGUAAUCAUUUUGCUCUGGUAGUAAGUAAAACAUGAUAAUUGAGACAAAGUUUCAUCGAAAA